AUGGAGACUGUGUCCCUGGAGCAUCAGAUCCAGAGUGUGCAGCGGCACAUUGCCUUCUUGAAGAAGGAGCAGAUGGAGUUGCUUCGAGACCUGCACCUGGAGAUUCUGCGUCUGCAGAAGCACUGCUCAGAACUGACCCGUGAUCUGGAAACCAAAGAGUCACAGUCAGACCAGCAAGAGGAGGCUUCGCGGCAGCUGGAGGCCAAGUGCCGGGCGCUGGAGGAGCAGCUGGCAGCGCGGGAGCGAGGCAACGGCGAGCUGCGGCGGGAGCUGCGGCAGCGCGACGCGCUCGUGUGGGCGCUGCGCUCCAGCCUGCGCAGCAAGGAACGCCGCUUCCUGGAGGAGCUGCGACGGCGCAGCCACCGUGCCACCGUGCUGGGCACCGAGCUGCAGAAGCAGAGCGAGGCGGCCGCCUACCUGGCCUUCCAGCUGCACGCGGCCCGGCAGAAGCUGCACGGGGCGCCCCGCACAGCCCCCGGCCCCGGCCCCGGCCCGGCCGCCGUCGGGGGCGCUGCCGCCUCCGCGGGUCCCGCGGGAGGAGGCCGGGACCGCGCCCCGCCGCCUGCCGACGGGCGGUCCAGGAAACGCGGACCCCGCGCCCGCCGCCCCCCUCCCCCGCCUUUGUCGCUGCUCCCCGAGCCGUGCGCCCUGGGCAGCGCCAGGGACUGGGCUGCGUGGGAGCUGGGCUGCAGGCUGGACGAGGCCGAGCCUGAGCCCAUGCCUGACCCCGCCCUCUUCCUCAACGCCGGCAGACCUCCGCGGCCCAAGGCCCGGGACAACGCCCCCUCAACCUGCGCCAGCCCCCGCAAGCCUCCGCCCCGGGAGCCCCCCGAUGCUGCUUCGGCCGCCGCUGCCCCCGCCCAGCCCCGAUCCUGUAAGAGUCCGCCAGGGAGGCAGCCGGCAGCUCCCAACCCCGACAGCACGGUCGAUCUGGAGUAG